AGAAAAUGAAAGCAAAAUAAAAAGAUUUUAAUAUUGAAAAUUAGGUAUAUUUUUUUGUUCAUUAAAGAUAUCUCGCUAAUUUUUUUUAUCAAAGAUAAUAUAUCUCUAAUUAAACUCCCUAAUAAUUAAUUUAAAAGGUAUAAGUAGAAAACUGACUCCUCUCGCCAAUAUUAUAGUGAUAUGGCUUUUUCUUUUGACCUAGCCGUCGUGUUACAACGGGAUAGAAGUAGAACGAAGAGAAGAUCAAAGGACAUAUGCAAGAGCCAAGAACCCUCGCAGGAGAUUCCUUUUGAUCUCAUGAUUGAUAUUCUCACGAGACUCCCUCCUAAAUCACUUAUGAGGUUCAAAUCUGUCUCAAAGCUCUGGUCAUCCUUGAUUUGUUCCAAAUAUUUUUCCAACCUUUUUCGAAAAGUUUCAUCACCACGGCCGCGUCUAUACAUGUGGUUGGGCAUCGACAACAAGAAUGUAUUAGUAUCAUCGUCCUCUUCUCCUGACUUGGACGUUAGUACUAUGUUAUCCUUAGUAGUUGAUCAAGAUUUAACAAUCCCAGCGAUGGAAGGCUACUCCGUCUCUCAAAUUUUUCACGGUUUGAUGUGCUUUACCAAUGAGCAAAGUGCUCAAAUAUAUAAUACUACCACUAGACAGCUUGUUGUCUUACCCACCAUAGAAGAAUCUAGCAUCCUAGUUGAAAACGACAAGUCUAAGAGGACAAUGUACGGUAUCGGACACGAUUCUGUUCAUGAUCAAUAUAAAGUGUUUUGCACAGUUUCAAAACGUGGUGAGAGAGUUGGGAACUUAGUAACAUGGGUGUCAGAGCAUUGGGUCUUGCUACUAGGAGGACGAGAUGUAUCAAGUCGAUGGAGAAAUAUUCCAAGUAGCUGUCUACCACAUCGUCCUUUAACACAGUUUAAUACGGUCAAUAUCAAUGGCCGUAUGCUUUAUUACCUCGCUAGGACGCAUUUGUCUAAGUGUGUGCUUGUGAGUUUCGAUAUGAUUUCUGAAGAAAUCAGUGUACCCCAACUACCUGAGGAUCUUGUCUUUUGGCCGCGGCUGCCUAUUAUGAUUGACAUUGUAGAAUGGCAUGGAAGGGUAGCUUUUUUAGACUAUCCUGUUUUUGAAAACGAAGGUGAUGCUUUUGAAAACGAAUGUGUGAUGAAGGUAUGGGUUAUGGAAGAUGCAGAGACGAAUCUGUGGUCGAGUAAGACAUUAGUGUUUCAUCCUUCUCAGAUGCCUGUGGUCGUUAACUCGAGUUUGAUGCCACGAGGUACAAUUAGAGAAGGCGAGGUUAUCCUUGUACCUCAAAUUAUAAGGUAUUCUAAGCGAACUCUCAACAUUAGCAUCGACUCACAAGAAACAACUAGGUCCUAUGUUUUUCUUUACAACAUUCAAAAGAACCAUAUGAGAAGAGUUGGAAUCACAAAAUAAUCAACCCGUUAUGUAACAACAAAUUGGGAUGUUAUUGGAAUGGAUGAUGUUGAGAACUUGAUGUAUCUCUAAACGCUUGAGCGUUUUGGUUGUUGUUCUCCUUUUGUUUGGAAACAUUUUAUCUACUUUUGUUUCAAUGUUUUUUUUUUUUUUGGGUCUAUACAAAUCUUGAGUCGAUGCAUUUAGCGUACAUUUCACACCGUCAUUGCCCAUGUGCCACCUCAAUUCUCCAUGUCUGUUUAUGCUGUUGUUCAAAACCGAUUUGUACCCAGGAGGUGAUCCUAUCCCUUGGUGUCCAAGCACACCAUGGUCACAAAGUUAAAGAUAGCUAAGGGUCUGAGAGGAUCUACGAUAUGAGCUCAUGCAACUAUAGCAAUGCACACAAAUUUGUAGACAAAUAUCGGCAUUAUAUUCACGUCAAGUUUAUGGUCUAUUAUUUUCGGUAUAUGAUGAACAAUUACAUAUUUUAUACUUUCACAGGUGUUUUUAAUUGUCACACGCUAAGUGCAUCUUCUUUAAUUUACCUUCAGGGUUGAAGUUGUACUUGGUUAAAGAAACAUUGCGGAUGAUAGUUUUGAAUAUUUUUCGUCCCUAUGUUCACACCUCACAGUAUACAAAUCUUGGUCCAUAUGCUCAUCACUUUCCUUGGUCCUUCCCCAAAUGGGUUUAACAG